AUGUUUGAAGAAGGAGUUUUCCACUCCGGAUUCGAGUCUUCUACGCUACCAAGCGGCGAAAAUCCUAGUGAGAUGAGUCACGAUGAUAUAAUCAGCUCUGGCGCCAGUGACUCUUUUGCUGAGAUUAAAAGACCUUCGCCAGAAAACGCAGAGUGCACUUCUGAGAUAUCUUCAUUGCUUGCUGCUGAAGACGCGACUACAAGCAAUUCAGAAAGUUCCGUCUCAAAUAUCGAUGAUGCUAGGAAUGCAGUCGCAGUUCACGGCGAAUUUGAACCACAGCCACUAAAGGAGUUUCGGUUACUCUCAAACCUUGUUAUUGAACUGCAGCGAAUGAUAUAUCGUACCGCAGCCAGAAUGCCUCGCUUCAUACACUGGGGUGCGUCCAACAUCAGCCCACUCUUUCAUCUGAAUCGCGAAGCUCGCGCAAUUGCUCUCAAAGAAAACUUCCUAGUCGAACGUCCUUAUUUGAACAACACAAUUACCGGGUUCUAUUUUCAUCCCGCACGAGAUAUUGUCUAUAGAGAUAGGUUCAUACACCAACCUGUAGCACUUGCGCAACUAUACCCAGAAGAGCUUCAGUUAUGGUUCUUACUACCCAAGCCUGCAGAGGACCCUCUUAGUGUCUAUUGGGAACCCUCGGGCGAGGUUCGCCUUCGCAUUGACAGCCAACACGAUAUGACUCGCUACUCACAUUUCCUCUCCAAUUCACAAACAGGGGUCGUAUACAGUCAUGUGCUCCAUAAUAAAGUAGCUAUACAUGCAGCAAACAUUACUCGCAUUUCAUUUUCAAUCGAUGUGGCAAGCCGAACGGGCCGAGCUCACAUAAGUACGCUCAUGGAGAGCAUGCUCCUACGAUGCAGAAAGUUUUUCCCUGGAUUAGAGGAAGUUAUCUGCAUACUAUGGCCGCAUCUCGACUGUGGAGAUGAUGGGCAUGAUUUUCGGGUCGUAAAGUAUCCAAAUGGCGAAGGGUGGGCCACGGAAUUCGAGAAAUCGCACGCGAUAACUGUUCAUGAUAGUUGGAUGAGAUUGAUCUAUACGGAAGUUGCCGGGGAUGCCGCUAAGAAAGCCAUUGAGAGAUUGCCUGGGAAUUUUUCCGAAAAAAACAGUAGCUUGGAUGCGAGGAAAUUUGGCCAUGCGAAUAUGUUCAAGUUAACUUUCAUGAGAAAGAAGGACCAGGACAAACCUACGGACGAUCAAUUUGAUAACACGUAUUAG